AUGAUAUCCUCCCAAUUGCUGCAACCGCUGCGGCCUCGUCGCAAGCAAUCGACUAGUGAAGCGAAACCGCCACAUGAGCUGCAACUAAACCUGCAACGCCGGUUGUCCAAGGCGAGACAAGACCUGAUAGCUGUGCGCGGUCAUGAAUCCAGUUUCCCCGAGGAAGAUCCACAUACAAUGCCAGUGCAGAUCGCGGAAGCCACCCAGGGGCCGAUGGAAUGGGUCCCAGGACCCCCUGCACGACACAUGGCUCCCGGGAUUAAAGAAACGAAAGAAUCGCAAGCCCAAUCAGAGGAUACAGAUCUCAAAGAGGAGGAGGUGGCGUUCGGGGAGUUCGGGGACAGUCGAUGUCCCUCCCCGCAGGAAUCAAGUAUCAUUGACUUGGAUUCACUCCUGGAUUUCAGUGAUUCUGAAAUUUCCUCAUUGUCCGACAGAAACUCCCUGCGAUCUGCAUCUCGCCUGGCCCGCUUCUUUCCCGAGCUUUCUUCGCACUUCUCCGUCGUCUCCCCGGUCAGCGCAGAUCGAAACAUGGAGGAACCAGGCCCCACGCUCUUCGAACGAGAGCUCGAAGAACGAGUCAUGAUCCUGUAUCGUCGCUCGCUGGAGGUGGAUACUGAAAAUCAGCAGCCUGCACAUCUAUUCCCCCAGUCGGAGGGAGUGGACGCGUCUUCGUCUUGCUAUAGUCGGCGCACUUCCGUGACUACCCUGGGGACCGAGUUCUGGGGUGAUGAUGGGCAAUAUCCACACAAGUCUCCCGACGCAUACUCAAUUCGCUCGCCCGCUUCGGUGGGAGUCUUUGAUGACAUCGCUUCAAUGUCCCGGCGAUCCUCCACCGUGCCGCCGUACACCCUGCACAUGCCCCUGCACGAACGCACACCCACCAAGCCGAUCUCAAUGACCGAUCUCAAGAACAAACCGUUACCCCUUGAGCCAGGGUACAGCGACUCCGAAUCGACGAAUCGCUGGAGUGGCUCUUCUCGCUCCACGGACUCAGCGCGCUUCCGGCCGCACGUGCCAACAUCCUCCCAGGAUCUCUCGGUGUCGCCAUUGCACCCCGCCUCCCCAGCCAGUCAUAAUGAAUGGAAAAGUUCCAUGGCACAGAAGAUGGGCUCGCAUCGACAGCCUGGGCACGCGUGGUUCGGUUCCGAGUACAAUGGCGAUCAACUGCCUCCUCGCAUGGGUCGGCAAGGGGAAGCCGACCGACAAAUCAAUGCUCUGCGGAGGCAACACGCUCCAACCUUGUCGCAGGCGACGAAAGAACUCGAAGGAACACUCGCGGGACUGGCGGAUAAGGAAUCCCCACGCAAGCAGUCAGAUGGACCCGUUCAGGUCAGCCGCAAUAAGGGGAACUGGAUCUCGACCCGCCGGGCGCCCCUCCCGCCAUCGCAACCUUCAGAGACCCGCCUCACGCCCAAGAAGGGAAAGGGGAAAACGGACAGUCGUUCGGUUCAGCCAAGUCUCAGUCCAACCAAGACAAGUCUCAAGAAUUCACCGCAAAAAGUAAAGGAGCAAAAAUCCAAAGAAAAACAUGACGCGAAGGCCAGUGUCAAUUCGGACGAUGGGAAGAAAGUGAAGAAGAAAUCAUUUCUGGCGCCGUUUCGCAAGGGCCAAGUCCGCGUUAGCGCCCGGUCGGAAAGCCAAUCCCACAUGACGUCCGAGUUGGAACCGCAGGAAGACAUCACCACCGAACUUCUCGAGCGUGUCGUGGAACACUUUUUUAGUGGCCCGAAAGCGGGACGAGCCGAAGGACAAGCCCGCGAUAAAAUGCGCCAGAGUUACGCGCUCGUCUCAACGGCCCAGGCGAGCAGUCUUCAGCUCACAGAGCAGAUUUACGAACUUCCUGCUGAGCCAGAUCGUCCUGAACCAGUGAUCGCCCCGUCGGUGAUUCCCACCCAUAACAAUGAACAGUCCAGUCUUCCGGCCGAUAUGCCGUUGUUUUUGAUCCUGUCGAUCAUGGAGAAGAUUGACUCGCUGGAUGAUCUGUUCAAUUUCGUCCUUGUCAACAAGAGAAUCUAUUCCGCAUUCAAACGUCGCGAGUUGCCACUCAUCAAAAAUGCCCUGUUCAAAAUGUCCCCGCCAGCAUGGGAGUUGCGGGAAAUGAGUCCCCCGUGGGAGAUGGAGUGGCAACCUCUUGUGGAUCCCGACUCCCGAGUCCCCGAGUACACGCCCACAUUGUACCUACAGCGAUACGCGCAAGAUAUCUUUACUCUGGCGAAAUUGAAAGCGCUUAUUCUUGCGCGCUGUGCCCCCUUCCUGCGUCGUGAGACCGUGCGUGGCUUGGCCGGUGUGGAUAACCAGCGCGCAGAAGAAGUCGACGACGCUUUCUGGCGCGUCUGGACAUUCUGCCGUAUCUUCGGCAGUGGAAAGAGACGCGAAAAUGACCUGGCUGGUCAGAUGGAUUGGUUGAAAGGGGGUUGCCAAGCGAAGAAAUAUUCCGACCCGGUCUCAACUAUGACACAGCCGUUCGGAAUUAACAACGUUCUGUUCGAGCCACCUGAGGGCUUCGGUCGAGGGAAUCUAUCCGGUCUCUCGCAGACACAGAUGUACGACAUGACCGAAAUUUGGACCUGCAUGGGUGUCCUACUCCAACCGAUGCACGGGAAGUGCAUUGAAGCGCGCAAAGUCGGUAUCUUCGAUAACAUGGAUGUUCCUGAUAACGACGCAGUGCGCGAAGAGAUUGCUCUAGAAUGGACCUCCUACAUCCUCACACUGGGGCUCGGCGCCGUGAUGGCCCUAAGCUCCGUCUGUCAGACCGAUACCACGGCCGCGAAGUUCGCAAGAGCCCAGUCAAUAGGACUGACGAAAUGGGAAGUGGCAGAGACAGAGGCCAGCCGCUCCUCAUUUCUCAAGGAAGCAAUCUCACGGGCCUACGAAAUCCAAGAACGCGACUCUAGUCCAGCAAAGCUCAGCCCCUCUCAUUACUUGAGUCCUGUACGCGCCAGUCGAGAGCGUCAAACUGCUUUUGCAAAGGAGAUUCGUCAGCGACGUGCCCGUGGUCUUCCAGAGCCAGAAGGCGCACUCUCUUUCGCGGACGAGCGUCCAAUGUCGGAGUAUAGCACCAUCCUCCGCAACUUGGAUGGAAGGGACCAGCAGGUACCACCAGUGCCUACACUGGUACUUGAUCGCUCGUCCUCGACAACCUCGAUCACAGAAGAGCCACGCACGCCUGUUGAGACGGGUUGCGAUGCACCCUUGGUGUACUCGCGAAGUCCCCCUCUUUGCCGGUCGCCUCCUCCGAGCUUCCCCUUAUAUUCUCCACCGCCUCCCGCUCACUGGCCUGCUCAUCGACCGCAGGUUCUUGACCCAGUCGAUCGGGCCAUCGAUAUGAUUGUCAAUGAGCUGGGUUUCGCUACCGAAGAUGCCAAGUGGGCUUUGAAGAUCACAGAUACUGGUGAAGGGAUUGACGCCGAGGCGGCAGUCCAGUUGUUGAAGAAGCAGAAGAAGAAGAAUGAGCGCAACCCGUUUGGCAAGAGAGAUAGCCUGCUUUCGUCUGUUAUCAAGAGACAGAAAUCUCAUGAGUCUGGGUGGCGGUGGGCAUGA